CUCCCUCCGUGCGCUCCGGCUGGGAUAAUGGGAGGCCCGCCGGCCGAUGCACCAGAGGAGGCCGGCCGAGGUGGAAAUAAAGGCUGGUGAAGGACCCGGGCCGUGGGGACAAGGGGCUGCCGCUGUCAAGACAGGCUCAGAGCUCAGCCCGGUUGAUGGACCUGUUCCAGGUCAGAUGGACUCAGGGCCAGUGUACCAUGGGGACUCACGGCAGCUAAGCACCUCAGGGGCGCCGGUCAAUGGUGCUAGAGAACCCGCCGGACCCAGUCUGCUGAGGGCUGGAGGUCCUUGGCGAGUAGACCAGAAGCCCGACUGGGACGCUGCCCCAGGCCCAGCUCACACUGCUCGCCUGGAAGAUGCCCACGAUCUGGUGGCCUUUUCGGCUGUGGCCGAAGCUGUGUCCUCUUAUGGGGCCCUUAGCACCCGGCUCUAUGAAACCUUCAAUCGUGAGAUGAGUCGUGAGGCUGGAAACAACAGCAGGGGACCCCGGCCAGGGCCUGAGGGCUGCCCUGCGGGCAGCGAAGACCUUGACACACUGCAGACAGCCCUGGCCCUUGCACGGCAUGGCAUGAAACCACCCAACUGCAACUGCGAUGGCCCAGAGUGCCCUGACUACCUCGAGUGGCUGGAGGGGAAGAUCAAGUCUGUGGUUGUGGAGGGAGGGCAGGAGCGGCCCCGGCUCCCAGCCACUCUGCCUCCUGGGGAGGCUGGCCUCCCAGCACCAAGUCCCAGGCCUCUCCUCAGCGCCGAGGUCCCCCAGAUGCCUCCCCCAGAGGGCCUGCCCCUGUCUCAGAGUGCCCUGAGUAUCGCCAAGGAAAAGAACAUCAGCCUGCAGACCGCCAUCGCCAUCGAGGCACUCACGCAGCUGUCAUCUGCCCUCCCCCAGCCUUCUCACUCCACCUCCCAGGCUUCUUGCCCCCUUCCCGAGGCCUUGUCCCCGCCUGCCCCCUUUAGGUCUCCCCAGUCCUACCUCCGGCCCCCCUCCUGGCCCGUGGUUCCCCCUGAAGAGCACCCCUCCCUUGCUCCUGAGAGCCCUGCCUUCCCUCCAGCCGCUCCCAGAACAGAGUUUCCCGAAGCCUGGGGCACAGACACCCCACCAGCAACUCCCCGGAGCUCUUGGUCCGUGCCCCGCCCAAGCCCUGACCCCAUGGCUGAACUGGAGCAGUUAUUGGGCAGUGCCAGUGAUUACAUCCAGUCAGUAUUCAAGCGCCCAGAGGCCUUGCCCACCAAGCCCAAGAUCAAGGUGGAGGCGCCCUCUUCCUCGCCAUGCCCGUCCCCCGUCGGUGUUCUCCAGAGGGAGGCUCCCACACCCUCCCCGGAGCCCAGCACCCACCAGAAGGCCCAGACUGCCCUGCAGCAGCACCUCCACCAUAAGCGCAGUCUCUUCCUGGAACAGGCCCAUGACGCCGCCUUUCCCCCUCUCUCGGACCCUCCUGCUCCUGGCUGGUGGGCGCCAUCCAGCUCACCUGCCCCACGGCCUCCGGACAGACCACCCAAGGAGAAGAAGAAGAAACCCCUGGUGCCGGCUGGAGGUCCCUUGGGAACCGAGAAAGCCGCCCCUGGGGUUAAGCCUGGCAUCCGGAAGCCCAUUCAGAUCAAGAAGUCCAGGCCGCGGGAAGCACAGCCUCUCUUCCCGCCCCUGCGGCAGAUCGUCCUGGAGGGGCUGAGGCCUCCAGCCUCUGAGGAGCCACAGGCACACCCACCUGCUCCCCUCCCCACCGCCUCACAAACCCCUGCUGUUCCCCUGCCCGCAGAACCUUCUCUUGCGCUAUUUGCACCUAGUCCCUCUGGGGACAGCCUGCUGCCCCCUACUCAGGAAAUGAGGCCCCCCAGCCCCAUGGCAACUCUGCAGCCAGGCUCCACCGGCCCUCUCCCCCCUGCCGACGACAAGUUGGAAGAGCUCAUCCGACAGUUUGAGGCUGAAUUUGGGGACAGCUUUGGACUUCCUGGCCCCCCAUCUGUGCCCAUUCAGGACUCUGAGAACCAGUCAGCUUGUCUCCCAGCCCCUGAGAGCCCUUUUGCUACCCGGUCCCCUAAGCAAAUCAAGAUUGAGUCUUCAGGGGCUGUGACCGUGCUCUCAACCACCUGCUUCCAUUCAGAAGAGGGAGGCCAGGAGGCCACACCCACCAAGGCGGAGAACCCACUCACACCCACACUCAGUGGCUUCCUGGAGUCGCCUCUCAAGUACCUGGAUACACCCACCAAGAGUCUGCUGGACACACCUGCCAAGAGAGCCCAGGCCGAGUUCCCCACCUGCGAUUGUGUCGAACAAAUAGUGGAGAAAGAUGAAGGUCCAUAUUACACUCACCUAGGAUCUGGCCCCACGGUCGCCUCCAUCCGGGAACUCAUGGAGGAACGGUAUGGGGAGAAGGGGAAAGCCAUCCGGAUUGAGAAGGUCAUCUACACGGGGAAGGAGGGAAAGAGCUCCCGCGGCUGUCCCAUCGCAAAGUGGGUGAUCCGUAGGCACACGCUGGAGGAGAAGCUGCUGUGCCUGGUGCGGCACCGGGCAGGCCACCACUGCCAGAACGCCGUGAUCGUCAUCCUCAUCCUGGCCUGGGAGGGCAUCCCCCGCAGCCUCGGAGACACCCUCUACCAGGAGCUCACCGAUACCCUCCGGAAGUAUGGGAACCCCACCAGCCGGAGAUGUGGCCUCAACGAUGACCGGACCUGCGCUUGCCAAGGCAAAGACCCCAACACCUGCGGUGCCUCCUUCUCCUUCGGUUGUUCCUGGAGCAUGUACUUUAAUGGCUGCAAAUAUGCUCGGAGCAAGACGCCUCGCAAGUUCCGUCUUGCAGGGGACAACCCCAAAGAGGAAGAAGUGCUCCGGAAGAGUUUCCAGGACCUGGCCACCGAAGUCGCCCCCCUGUACAAGCGGCUGGCCCCCCAGGCCUAUCAGAACCAGGUGACCAAUGAGGAAAUAGCGAUUGACUGCCGCCUGGGGCUGAAGGAAGGACGGCCCUUUUCGGGGGUCACGGCCUGCAUGGACUUCUGUGCCCACGCCCACAAGGACCAGCAUAACCUCUACAACGGGUGCACAGUGGUCUGCACCCUAACCAAGGAAGACAAUCGCUGCGUGGGCAAGAUCCCCGAGGACGAGCAGCUGCACGUGCUCCCCCUGUACAAGAUGGCCAGCACGGAUGAAUUUGGCAGCGAGGAGAACCAGAACGCCAAGGUGGGCAGCGGGGCCAUCCAGGUGCUCACGGCUUUCCCUCGAGAGGUCCGGCGUCUGCCUGAGCCUGCCAAAUCCUGCCGCCAGCGGCAGCUGGAAGCCAGGAAGGCGGCAGCAGAGAAGAAGAAGAUGCAGAAGGAGAAGCUGAGCACUCCUGAGAAGAUCAAGCAGGAGGCCCUGGAGCUGGCAGGGGUCCCCACUGACCCAGGCCUGUCUCUGAAGGGUGGAUUGCCCCAGCAAAGCCUGAAACCCUCCCUCAAGGUGGAGCCGCAGAACCACUUCAGCUCCUUCAAGUACAGUGGCAACGCGGUGGUGGAGAGCUACUCGGUGCUGGGCAACUGCCGGCCCUCCGACCCGUACAGCAUGAACAGCGUGUACUCCUACCACUCCUACUAUGCACAGCCCAGCCUGACCUCUGUCAACGGCUUCCACUCCAAGUACGCGCUUCCGUCAUUCGGCUAUUACGGCUUUCCAUCCAGCAACCCUGUCUUCCCUUCUCAGUUCCUGGGUCCUGGCACCUGGGGGCACAGCAGCAGCAAUGGCAGUUUUGAGAAGAAGCCAGACCUCCACGCUCUGCACAACAGCCUGAGCCCGGCCUACGGUGGUGCUGAGUUUGCCGAGCUGCCUGGCCAGGCUGUUCCCACAGACACCCACCACCCCACUCCUCACCACCAGCAGCCUGCUUAUCCAGGCCCCAAGGAGUAUCUGCUUCCUAAGGCCCCCCAGAUCCACCCAGUGCCCAGGGACCCUUCUCCCUUUGCACAGAGCUCCAACUGCUACAACAGAACCAUCAAGCAAGAGCCGGUCGACCCGCUGGUCCAGCCCGAAUCUGGAUCGAGAGACCCUGGUAAGAUGGGCAAAACGCCUUUGCCUGAGGCCUCUCAGAAUGGGGGACCCAAUCACCUGUGGGGACAGUACUCAGGAGGCCCAAGCAUGUCCCCCAAGAGGACUAGCAGUGUGGGUGGCGGCUGGGGUGUGUUCCCUCCUGGGGAGAGCCCUGCCAUUGUCCCAGAGAAGCUCGCUUCUUUUGGGGCCGGCUGCCUGACCCCCUCCCACUUCCCAGAGGGCCAGUGGGGGCUGUUCCCUGGCGAGGGCCAGCAAUCAGCCUCCCAGCCUGGAGGACGGAUUCGUGGCAAGCCCUGGAGCCCCUGCAAGUUUGGGAACAACACCUCGGCCUUGGCCGGGCCCAGCCUGACUGACAAGCCAUGGGGGGUAGGGGCAGGGGAUUUCAGUCCUGCCCUGAAAGGUGGUCCUGGGUUCCAAGACAAGCUGUGGAGCCCCCUGAAAGGGGAGGAGGGAAGGAUUCCGACCCCGGGGGCCAGCCAGCUGGACAAGGCCUGGCAGUCCUUCGGGAUGCCUCUGGGCUCCAGCGAGAAGCUCUUUGGGGCCCUGAAGUCCGAGGAGAAGCUGUGGGACCCCUUUGGCCUGGAGGAAGGGAUGGUUGAGGAGCCCAGCAAGGGGGCCGUGAAGGAGGAGAAGGGUGUGGGGGGCAGUGGUGGUGCUGAGGAAGAAGAGGAGGAGCUGUGGUCUGACAGCGAACACAACUUCCUGGACGAAAACAUCGGGGGUGUGGCCGUGGCCCCUGCCCAUGGCUCUAUCCUCAUCGAGUGUGCCCGGCGGGAGCUGCACGCCACCACCCCCCUCAAGAAACCCAACCGCUGCCACCCCACACGCAUCUCGCUGGUCUUCUACCAGCACAAGAACCUCAACCAGCCCAAUCACGGGCUGGCCCUCUGGGAGGCCAAGAUGAAGCAGCUGGCGGAGAGGGCGCGGGCCCGGCAGGAGGAGGCCGCCCGGCUGGGCCUGGGCCAGCAGGAGGCCAAGCUCUACGGGAAGAAGCGCAAGUGGGGGGGUGCUGUGGUCACCGAGCCCCAGCAUAAGGAGAAAAAAGGGGUCGUCCCCACCCGGCAGGCACUGGCUGUGCCCACAGACUCGGCGGUCACGGUGUCCUCCUACGCCUACACGAAGGUCACCGGCCCCUACAGCCGCUGGAUAUAGGUGCCAGGGAGCCAGCGUACCUCAGCGUCGGGCCUGGCCCGAGCUGCCUCUGUGGUGCUUUUGCCCUCACACUGGGGGGCGGGUUGGGGGUGCAGAAGUCUUUUUAUCUAUAUAUACAUAUAUAGAUACGCAUAUAUAUGUAUUUAUGGUCCAAACCUCAAAACUGACCCGCCCCCCCCUCCCCCCCACUUCCCCAGCACUUUGAAGAAGAAACUACGGCUGUCGGGUGAUUUUUUUCGUGAUCUUAAUAUUUAUAUCUCCACAUUGGUUUUUUUUUCCCCUCCCCCCCUUGUUUGGGGGGGAUUUUUAUUUUCUCUUGUUUUUAAAACUCUAUCCUUAUAUAUCACAAUAAUGGAAAGAAAGUUUAUAGUGUCCUUUCACAAAGGAGUAGUUUUAAA